UGUACGCCUCGUCUCUCAUUCCCCCUAAAACAGGCUUAUAGCAGGCAAUUGAAGGAAAGUCUUCUCACUCACCUGGCAUCUCAGGUCCCUGAGUUUCAGGGUAAUCAGAUUCUCUCGCAAUCUGAUGCUGUUAAAACCAUGCCAACAACGAGUGGCAAAUAGAAACGAGGGAAGCUUUCGGCUCAGUCGCAGCUAUACAUUGAACCACCAAACUGGGAGAAAUAGGAAGAUGGAACCAGCAUGGAUCUGGGGGAGAAGGAUUGAGAAGAGGAGCAAUACGAAGCCUGCCUUACGACGAAUACAGUGCACAUCCGUCAGCAUCAUCUAUCUCGGAAUUCACUAUACCAAUUUCACUCCCCUCUUACUUCAUCCGAGGCAAAGUGAAGACUCGCGGCCUGCUAACUCUAUUCUACUCAAAGCACUCACACCGUAGGAACCUGCUCUAAGGUCAGGCCACGAGAACAAGGCAAGCACGACUAGUAACGAGUUCGCCAAGUAUGUCUUGAUAUUUGUACACGACUAGUAGGGGAAUCAUCCGUUGAAGAUCAG